AUGUCGCAUGCCGGGGUGACGCUCACGUCCGUCAUCGACUUCCGUUACCGCGACGAAGGGAACCAGGUCCAGGACCGCGGCCUCGGGCCCUUCCUCGAGAGGAUGUAUGCCUUCCGGGUGGGCAACAACAACCUCGAGCGCUACAGUCUCCAUGUGCACACCCUCAAGAAGUGGAGCGAGAGGGAGCAGCAUGUGUGGGACCGAGCUCGUCGCAUCACCGCCGUCAACAUUCGCCGAUGCGCAAGGAGGGACGAGACGGGGUACUUUAAAGAUGUAGAGCUCUACGGGCUGCCGGUGCUCCCCUGCUCCCCGCACCUUCGCAGACAUUGGCGAAAUUACUUGGAUCGUUCACAAGACCUGGAGUGGGACUGCACAAAAUUGCGCGUGUACCACACUGAGACAGAGAGCAAGCAGGAGACUAUUCGAAAUGUGAGGGGUGGGCUCAAACAGAAGGAGGAGGAGGAGUUCGACCUUGUGCUGCAGGAGCGACUUGAGGUCUUUGCGCUCUGCAUCGGGGUCGGGGGAUACGAAAUGCUCCCUCCGCUCCCUCAAGCCCUCAGAGACUCGCAUGACUUCCUCCAUGCGCUUAGGCGGAUGCCUCGAUGUCGCGGGGUGGAAAUCUCAGACCCGACUGAGAAUGACCUCCUCUACCUCCUCGAGAAACACUUGGAGGUCAUCGCCAAGUUUCCCCCGUCCUGGAUCCUGGUGACCUUCUCGGGGCAUGUGCUGAAGGAGGGCAAGUCAGGCGAGCUCUGCUUCCUCCUGAAAGACUUCGACGCCUCCUGGCUCGAUCGCCUCGAUGAAGAACCUGAAGGCGCCGUCACGCUCGGGGACAUUGUGAAGCUCUGGACCAAAUGGUUCGAGCAUCCACGGCCUCCUGUCCUGCUGCUCGUGGAUGGUUGCAGGACCAUGGUUCCUGACCAGCCACAGCUGCACGCGGUUGAUCUGCCCACUGGGUGGAGCAUGUGCAUGAGUAGGAGGACGGAAAGAGGCGAGACGAUACAGGAAGCAUCUUACAUGCACUCGAUGAUGAUGGACCAGGAGAACGGCAUGUUUGCAGGCGGGGAGAGGCUGCGAGGUGUGCUGACCCGCAUCAGGGAUCAAGCUCCAGCAGGCAUCGCAGUGGAGGAGAGUUGGAAGGAGGACCCAAGACUGCCGGAGAUGUUUUCAUUCUCUGAUAUAGAAGAGUUUCCUGCUGCUGUACUGCAAGAUAAUGAUGGUGACAUCCGGGAGGAGGAGGAGCAGGAGACUGGAGCAGGAGCAGGAGCAGGAGCAGGAGCAGGAGCAGGAGCAGGAGCAGGAGCAGGAGCAGGAGCAGGAGCAGGAGCAGGAGCAGGAGCAGGAGCAGGAGCAGGAGCAGGCUUUUCAGAAAUCUUGAAAGGAUCAGCAGUAAUGAAGAAGAAGGGAGUGGAUCGAAGAAUGAGGAGGUAUGACCCAGAAUCAGCUCUCAAGUUCUACGAGAAAGCGGUGCAGCUCGAGCCGAAUGACGUGAACUUGCUCGAUGCUGCAGGCGAACUCUGUGUGGAGGUUGGGAGGUCCGAUGAUGCCGUCAAGCUCUUCCGAAGGAGCAUCGAGCUUCGCCCGGAGGAGAACUCGUGCAAGUACAUGAACCUCGGGCAGCUCAUGGCCGGAGCUGAGAGCCUCGAGCUCUUCCUCAAGGGCCUCGCCCUGAUGCGUCAGGAGCUGGGAAACGUAGCUGAGGAGAAGGGCGAGGAGGCGAAGAAGCUGCGAGGGAGGCUGUGCAGUGCGCACUGCUCAGUAGCAGAGCUGUACAUGACAGACUUGUGCGAUGAAGAGAAUGCGGAAGCGGGAAUUUUGAAGUUGUUGAUCGAGCUCGAGCAGCUCGAUGAAGCAGAGGAGUUUGGAAAUCUCCUCCUCCAAGUGGACGAUCAAUACGUUGAGACCUGGUACCUCCUGGCUUUGAUUCAUUUUCAUCGAGGAGCUCAUUCGGCCGCUCAUCACUGCACCUUGUCCGCCAUCAAGAUUCUGGAGCAAGAGGGCGUAGAAGAUGAGGACCAGGCUUCCAGGCUGCAGGAGCUGCACGAAGAGAUCGAAAAGAAUCUGCGUGACGGCAACGACAACGUGGCGAUGGAGGACGAAGAAGGCGAUGAGGAUGGCGAUUGGAUGACUGACGACGAAGAAGAAGCUCAUCCGUG